AUGUCAGUUCCAACCACUCAAAAAGCCGUCAUCAUUGAAGGUGACAAAGCUGUUGUUAAAACAGAUGUCUCAGUUCCAGAAUUAAAGGAGGGUACAGCCUUGGUGAAGGUUGAGGCUGUUGCUGGUAACCCAACUGAUUGGAAGCAUAUUGCUUAUAAGAUUGGUCCAGAAGGUUCAAUUCUAGGAUGUGACAUUGCUGGUACAGUUGUCAAACUUGGACCAAAUGCUAGUACUGACUUGAAGGUUGGAGAUACCGGUUUCGGUUUUGUUCACGGUGCUUCCCAAACAGAUCCUAAAAAUGGUGCAUUUGCUGAAUAUGCCAGGGUUUAUCCACCUUUGUUUUACAAGAGUAACUUAACUCACUCAACUGCUGAUGAAAUUUCUGAAGGCCCUGUGAAGAACUUCGAAUCUGCUGCAUCAUUGCCAGUUUCGUUGACAACUGCUGGUGUUAGUUUGUGUCAUCACUUGGGCUCAAAAAUGGAAUGGCACCCAUCUACCCCGCAACAUACUCAUCCAUUAUUGAUUUGGGGUGGUGCUACAGCAGUGGGUCAACAACUAAUCCAAGUUGCCAAACAUAUCAAUGCUUAUACUAAGAUUGUAACUGUUGCUUCUAAAAAGCAUGAAAAGCUUUUAAAGUCUUAUGGUGCUGAUGAUGUCUUUGACUAUCAUGAUGCAGGCGUUAUUGAGCAGAUCAAAUCGAAGUAUCCAAACCUGCAACAUGUUAUUGACGCUGUGGGAAGCGAAGAUAGUAUCCCCGAGGCCUAUAAAGUCACAGCAGAUAGUCUACCUGCCACAUUAUUAGAAGUGGUUCCAAUGACCAUUGAAAGCAUUCCUGAAGAAAUCAGAAAAGAUAAUGUUAAAAUUGAUAUUACUUUGUUGUAUCGUGCAUCUGGUCAAGAAAUUCUAUUGGGUGCAACAAGAUUUCCUGCUAGUCCAGAAUAUCAUGAAGCCACAGUUAAAUUCGUUAAGUUUAUAAAUCCACACCUUAACAACGGUGAUAUCCAUCAUAUGAAUAUUAAAGUUUUCAGCAACGGCUUAGAUGAUGUCCCAGCUCUCACUGAAGGUAUAAAAGAAGGUAAAAACAAAAAUGUUAAGUAUGUUGCCAGGUUAUAA